AUGCCUACAAAGAGACGCGUAGAUAGCGCUUUAGAUGAGAAGGCUCCCGCCAAGAAGGCCAAGGUCGAUGUCGGAGCCACGCCAGACUUUUCAGAUACCUACAAGAUGAAGUGGGCUGCCAAGCUAGGCAAAUACAAGACGUACGCGUAUAACAAUGGCAUAGAGACCCAGGUCUCUGCAUUUGGCGGCUUCGGCAAGAUUGUGGCAGAGAAGGGCAAGUUUAUGUGCCACCGCCAGAACAAGCACAACCCUAUGGAGAUUUGUGGCUCUUUAAUGAUUUCAAAGGAGAAGAACUUGUGGGAUCACAACCACAAGGUCCACAACCUGGAGUCGACUUACGCCAAGGAGAACACUAAGGAAGAGUGCAAAGAGUUCCCCUGCAAGGAACGCAACUGUGACACUGUCCUGAGCACUCAUUCGAGCUGGGUCACUUAUAUAAGACGCGAGCACAAGAUGAAGGGCAAGUCGAAGGAAUUCGCCUAG